AUGUCUUCAAGAAAAUAUGAAAAAAAUAGAGGAAUCGAAUUAAAAAAAAAAGAUAGAAAAUUAAAAGAAGAAAAUGAAAGAUUAAACCACGAAUAUGAAACUUUAAAAAAAGAAUAUGAUCUUUUUUUAAACAAUAUCGAUUCUUUAGGCCAAUAUAAAAAUCGUUCUAGUAGUUGGUACAGUUGCAAUUGUAAAGUAAAAAUUAAUAAUAUCGCUAAAAAUAUCAUUAUAGAUUCUGGCUGUGAUCUUAGUGGUGAAAGAAUGAGAGUUUUAGGAUAUGUCAAUACUUCCAUAACUUUUCAAAAUUUAAUUAUACCUAUAACAUUUGAAAUUUCAGAAGGUGAAGGUGAUAUUCUU